UCGUGUUCACGCUGAAAAACAUCCAAGACGAUAUCUGUGCCCACCCGGACGGCGUGUCAGGUGCGGCGUUGGCCGAGCUACUGAUCCCGCCACACCUUGAAAGCCAACAGGCGACACGAAUUCAGCCUUUUGUGCGCCGCGUUUAUUCUCCGCUGUCAGGAUGGCCAACGAAGAAAGCUUGGCGCGAUUGCGUUCGGAACUCGAGAAGCUUACGGAACAAGAUUUUCAGUACCUGCAGAGUACAUAUAGAGACAACCUGUGGUGGUUUCCGUCUCUACCAACGCCGGCUGGGACAAGCACGGUCGACGCUGUCAUUGAAGCACUUCGGAGAGUAGAGACAAGCCUGGAAUUGCUCACUCUGACGCUCACUAACGUGGUGCGACACCUGCUCAAUGGGCGAAGUGAUGACCAGCUUGAUAACCCAAUGGCCCCCAUUUGCGAGGAAGCGCCUCAGCCUAGCUCAUCAAAACAUGGCAUGUUACCAAAUGAAUAUACUGCCAUGGAAGAAAUUCCAGUGGAUUACACUCCUCGGGAAGCUUCGGUUCCUGGCUUUUCAAACAGGAGCAAGCCGGGGUUCAAGUUUCAAAACUUCUCUGGUGACUUACCUGAAGAUGAAGAAACGUAUGACAUUGGAAGCGACCCAGGUUCGCCAAAUGAAAAGCCUACCGAAAUCGUUGCCUUGGAAUGUGAGGAAAGCGAUUCUGCUCUUCGCUCACCUCAGGAAAUAUUUGACUUCGCCCUAAGGGAGAUACGCGAGUUAUCACAAUGCAUUUCCGACCUAAAUAACAGAAAUGUAACAGAAAGGACCCACCAAAAGAAGUGUCGCCAAAUGCGCAUCGAAAUUGAAGAGCUCAUUACAGAUACAACCGAUGACCAGAGUGAGCGCACGAGGAUGCGCAUGGCACUACGCGAAGCAUUCGCCUACAAUUGUCCUCUGUUUGAGUGGGAUCAGGAUAUUGGAGGAAAUCACUCAGUAGACAGAACAGUUCCGAAGAACUCGGGAAAAAAGAGUGCUGCUGCGAAACGUAGAUCCGGGAACACAAAUGCAGACGAUGACAAGUUUCAGAAUGUCGGAAGAAAUCCCUCAAUGAAGAAAACAGCCAGAAGAACUCUCAAAAAAGGAAGAUCGCUGCGUCUGAACUUGGCUCCGCUGACAAUAGCCCAGAGUAUCGCAUGCUUCAGGACCUAUGGUCUACACUAGACGAAAGCUCGCAAUCGGACAUGGAAAUAAUGAAAAAGCAUCUCGAAAACACCUAUGAAGAACGCCUAAAAUAUUAUUGCGGCUCCCUGCCCAUGUUUUUCUUCCAGGAAGAGCUCCUCUGCAAGGAAGCUGAACUUCGAUUUGGCUCCGAGAUCAGCAUCUUGGAAGAGAAGCUAGUUGAUGCGGUGAGAGUGUUCUCAGAGGACGAUGAACUGUUUCCAAGAACCAGCUCAGGGAACCAGCAGCGACAGGCCACAUUUAUAGACGUGUGUCGGUUCUUGGAAGAGGGUGAUGACCCUCCACUAAUUACUGAGGCUCCAGUGGACACAGAAAAAGCAAUUGGCAUUGAUGACUCGCCGAACAUGGUCGCGUGGCACCCCAACUUUAAGAUUUAUAUCAGCAGCCCGAAAGGGGUUAUCUCACUCACUGACAACCGUCUCGAGCGAGUACUGGUAUACUGCCUGGCGGUCUACUACAUAAUGGACCUUGGGUACCCGAGAGCCUACCAACGAGUUCUGUACGUACUGCAGACACUUCUGUUUCCAAGCGACCGUCUGCCCGAUAUACCCGUGACUGCCAAUAUGCGUUACUUUUUAGACUUGUUAGAACGAGAAUUGAGAAGCAAGAGAGAGCCACAGUCACACUAAAAACUUUACUCGAAUUGAGGUGCUAUAUCGCCGAUGUGUUGUUAAAGCACUCAUGUAGGCCUUUACUUAUCUCCAUCUUGGAUUGGCUGCUGACCAAGGGCACCCUGGCCGGAUGGUCCCAUUAAAGCCCGAUAAGGCGCUCCACGUGUGUGGAUCCUCGUUGCAAGUUAAAUGUUCAUUUCUAUGUCUCUCGUCAACUUGUUCCAGAUAGGCGACAAGCGUAUUUAAAGGUCCCGUGCUGAGGUGCUUAAGAAAAAAAAGAAAAAACACAUAGAGGUAGACUUUGACAUACUCGUUCUAUUCUUUCAUUAUGAGAGGACAACACUGGCGUCAAUGCUCUUGUCUAACGCUUAACACCCGUUGUUUAACAUGAGGCUCCAUAAUCAAAGAAACUGGCGUGAUUAAAUCUCUCCACAAACAUAGCUUCACAGUUAGUGAAAAUAAACAAUAGAAAACGUGAGCUGUCAGGAGGCCGCAAUUUCUGUUUUUAAAGACCACACGCAUCGCCUGUUUUCUGUAUCGUGACAAAUGGGGGAAUAUUCCCAUGAAGGAGCAAAUUGUUCGAAACUACUUUUGGUAUCCUCGUGAAGCCAUUAUAUGUAUUCUCCCCUCAAGCCACUAUAAGCAUUCCUAUUUUUUUGCAAAUGUAAACAAGGUCUGGAGAGGUCCCUUGUUGUCUUCUGUCUGUGUUCGCCAUGCUAAAUAGGAGACUCAAAGAACAAUUUCUUGCUUUUCUCUUCCAGAAUACUUUUUGGGGGACACGGUUGCGGUGACACUUGAAAGCCUCUAAAAUGAAAGGCGCGCGUUUUUAAUCUACAUUGUUGACUAUCUCUUGCUUUUAAACUGAGAGACCUAAAAAAAGUGGUUGCUGAUAACUUAUUUUAAGUCACCAUCCUUGUAUUGUUAAACCACGCAAGCAACUACAGCAGGAUCACGAAUUCUGUACUUUCAUUUUUCGUUUGUUACGUCUGUCAUACGGCAUCAUACGGAAAACUUUUUUGUUUUAUUUUCUCGAACCAUGGGCUAUGAAUCUAUCCUUUACCUUCAGCGAUACUGGGGUGCUCAAGUAAUCAGUAAGCUCAAGAGUGUCAUAUAUUUGUCACAACCCUUUCUGAGUGAUGCACUUGCUGUGAUUACAGCCGAAUUUCUAGUCAUGUCGCGUGGUGGGAGUCGUACGUUCAAUAUAUUAGCUUCAUUUUUAUUUCACGAGUUCAUAGGCAAAAUUGCAGUAGCGGUACAUGGUUUAAAUUUGAAGCAGCAAACAGGGUUAUGGUCUUUCCAGUGCAAAAUCAUUAGUAGUGUGUUACCUUACCAUUUUAUUCAAAUGUGAAGUGAUGCAGUGGUUGUAAGCGCCGAUGUGGUCGAAUGCUCAAAUUAUAAGUGGUCUUGUUCAAGACCGCAACGUUAUAUAUUUCAAUUUAGUGAACUGUGUAUUUUGGACAGCCUGAGAAUUUUCUGCACUGAAUUCAUUACGUAAUACGUUUACACCGAAAACAAUUUUUUGCGAAGGAUGAUUUGUGAAAUUAUGUAGUACUGUACUCUGUCUGAAAGAGAUAUGUUUAGCUCAAAAGAGCCGUAUGUGGUUCUUUCUUGUGCGUAAUCUCUUCUAAUUUUUAACUAAUGAGCUUUUUAUUAUAAUGUCAUGCUUUUACCUGGAACUUGCCUUUAUGAUGAAUAUAUGAAUAAAGCUUUUUAUUUC